AUAUAGAGGCCGGAGCCUUUCCCGAAACCAUUUGUUCUCCCAUCUCCUAGACUCUUCCAGCGCACCUGGUACACAACCACAGAGGCUCCAGAGACUUCGAGGCUCUCUUGUCUCCGAGGUGAAGAGGUGGAGUCCAGGCACAGGGCGUCGUGCUGCACGCAGAGGCUCCCAGUUCCCGACUUCGAGGUAGAGCAGCCUGGAAAAUGGACUCUUCAGGAAACAACCAGACUUGUGAGGGCAGGAACAUCGGACCUUUCUUUCCUGUGCCCCCCGUGACCCCGCAGCCUCUCCUGGGUCCCUGGUUCCAGAAUCCCACCUAUAAUCCACUCUCCAUUCCAGGGGCAGGUUUCACAAAUGGAAGUCUGUAUUUUCCAUGUCCCAUGGUGUUCAUUGAGUAUCCUGGCUUCCUCGUCCCUCAGUCCCCAUUGCCCACUGCUCUUAACCAAAGACCCAUAGUCCCUCUGUUUUAUAGCAUGGCACCACAAUACGGUGGCCACUGCGAAAGAAUGAAAACAAAAGACACACAAACAGAAACUGAACCUCAACAGGAUGAAAACUUGAAUGAAAAUGAAGACAUGCCCUCAGAAGGGGACAGCCGUGACAUAGGAAGGGUGACCAGUAACCCUCCGGAUACAUUCUCCCCUGAGAAUGUAGGUGAAAAGAAAGAGGUAGAGAGCAGUAGCUACCCUGAGGGGCAUGUUCCCUCCCCUACCAGGUUGGCCCAGGUCGACAAAGUAGAUGGGACCACUCAGGGUGACACGAAGCAGUGCUGUGUUGCACAAUCUGGCCAAUCCCCUGAGUCUGCAUCAGAAAGCAGUAAAGGACCAUGGUGGAGAUAUAGUGACUCCUUUGAAUCUGAUGAUGAUGAUAAUUAUUCUGAUAGCUCUGAGGAGUACUAUUUUCAUUCCCCUGUAAUGUCUGCCCCUACCCCCUUGCCAAGUGAAGUAGGUGAGGGUGUACAACUCCAGGAAAAGCCCCAGCAAAUGCCCUCUGGAGGUGAAUCUCAUAGCCUCUGUGAGAGAUGUCAUUCCUCCCCUCCGUCCACUGUGUACAGAGUCAGUGAGGGCGUCCAGUGCGACAUGGAUAAGGAUGCAGAGCAGAAGGAGAGUGGGAACCAGGAUGAAGAUGAGUAUGAAGAGGAGGUAGAGAAUAACUAUGAGGACCACGGGUUCUCCCCUCCCUGGUCGGCCCAGCUCAGCACAGUUGAUGAGGGCAUCCAGUGCGACAUGGAUAAGGAUGCAGAGCAGAAGGAGAGUGGGAACCAGGAUGAAGAUGAGGAAGAGAUUAACUCUGAGGAGCACAGUGUCUCCCCUACCUGGGAGGGCCAAUUCAGUGAAGUGGAUGAGGGCAUCCAGUAUGGUGUGAGUUGGUUUGAGUCACAGCUAGAGACGUAUCCCCACCAGAUGCCCUCCAAAGGGAAGGAGACAUUGCCAGACUGCCAAACCAAGAGAUCAUGGAGAAAACCAGUCGUGAAUAGGAAAUUAGGUCCAGAUGAAGAGCGCAUGAAAGAUGAGACUGGGGAGGCGUCUAAAGAGAACUUCAAAAGGAGUGAAAAGAUUAAAAAGACAGUGAGAGGCAGGAAGCUGAAAGACCAGGGCAGCUUCUCCAAUGUUAAGACAGUCUGUUUGUUGAAGAAAAGUGCUGCCUUGAACAUGGUGAUUCCUGAGGAUUCAGGAGACUCUGAGUUGGAAGAGGAAGAUGAUGAAAUGGAUGAGGUCGAAUGCCUCCUUGAAGAAGUGAGUCUGCAGAGCCCUCUGACAGCUUCCAAAGGAAGGUCUUAUCAGAAGGCUGGGAGGAUGCUCAGGGUGCCCCCUGAGAGCGCUCUCCCUCCCCAGCUUAUUGCCUGGCCCACGAGAAAUAAGUACAAGCUGCUGCAAGUUCGUGGUGGAUAUGAGCGCAUCCCUGAGGUGUAUCAGUCGGAACAACGGGAUGGCUGUGAGAGCAGCGGUGACAGGCUCCGAAGCAAACACACCAUGGCCAGGCUGAAAGGCCUGGAGUCCAGGAGAGCCUCCCACAAAUGAUUGGAAUGAAUAUCACCGAAGCAUCUUCUCCCAGGCAGCUACGGUCCUGUGCAAGACCACUGCCCUGAUCAAGAAGCCUGGAGUCAGAGCACCGCUCUGCCUCUUACCUCGGACACUUACUGGCAUAUGCAAGGCGACUUCCUCAUCUACAGAAUAGGGGUCAUGCCUUUACUUUAACAGUGCUGUGGUGAGAACAAGUUAAUUAAAAGAAGUGAACUCAUUUGUAAACAGUGUUCUGUAUUCCGUGUGUGUGUGUGUGUGUGUGUGUGUGUGUGUGUGUGUGUGUGUGUGUUAAGGGGUGUUGCUUGAAAUUUGUCCGCACUCACACUGCAUGACUUUGACUUCUUUCCCCAGUGGCAUCCAAAGUCCUUUGGUUGGUGCGCGGGCCAGAAAUUCCCUGGCAUGUUCAUUGCC